AUGAAAGACAGCCAAAACCCGAUGAGCCUCGAGCGAAUACUAGCUCCCGAUACUUCCGAUAAUCUUGACACUUCUGAAACCCCAGCUGGUAAGCCGCACAAAGUAACGGCGCAACACUGCAGCGGUUUGCACGCCUUUGGCGCAACAACUAGCACCGCCUCCCGAGACAAGCGAUACGACAACUCUGCGCAGACUGUCGAUGCAGUGAACGUUGAGAAAGCUCCGCCCAUCACCGCCGGCGUAAGCUCAGGUGCUUCAAACAUCGGCCGAAUCCCUUUCAAAAGAGACAAGAAAUUUAUCGUCGUCAACCCUGGAGACUGUUAUACACCCAGCAACGAGUACAACCCAAUUUGCGGGACGUGUGGCAGGGAUGAUCUCAUUUUUGAUGACUUGAACCGCCACCAGAAGUCACCCUACUGUGUGAACGAGCGAACCUUCAAACUAGCGUACGCUAAAGCUGUUUUAAACUACCGCUACGAUCAGCUCCCAGCCGUUCUUAGUCGCUUUGAUAAACAGCAUGGUCAGACGACCAAAUACUGCAAGUCUGACUUGGACAGAGUCCUUUCGCUGUUGUCAGGAGCCCCGACUUAUGCCCUCGAAAUGACUGCCGCUGGGACAUCAUCAGCUCCCAACUGUUUCGAAGCCACCACGAGGACUGCAGCCGACACUGCUACGAAAGCCAUGUUGUCGCAGGCCAUGCGCUAUCCGGAACAUAAGCCUUAUUACUAA